CCAGAGCCGUGUGUUACCUCCCAAAAUCUAGCAACACUCCCAAUCCAUCCCUGCCUCGCGGUUAACCCGUGAUCCGGGCUUCUCGUGCUGCGAGACAUCUUUCGUAGGAUUCGGUUCACCAGCCUCGCAUGCCUAAAGCAUGGAAAUACACUGAGGAGAGACACUGUGGAAUCGCAUCAAGGUACUGAGGGAAGAGGAAGAGGUAGAGAAAGCGGAGGCAAGAGAGCCAGAGAAUCGGUCGAGUAUAUGCACUGCACUGCACUACAAUACACUAACACUUUGGUGGAGAUGAAUAUCCGUUACUGUACUGUUCCUGACGUCGGUGGUACAUAUUUUGGAGACACGCGACACCGACACCUGUUCUAUUGCAGCACAGCCCGACUCGGCUCGGGAGUUUAUGCAGAUCAUCCGGGGAUAUUACACGGGAUGUACUUCGAAGUAAAUGCGCAUGUUUUGGUGGAACUUACUGCAGCUUCCAAGCUCUGUUAGCGCUUCUGAAGUCCUUCACUUCAGCCUUGCCAAAUUCUGGGCUUGGGCACUCUCCUCAGGGACCCUCGGGACUACGACCUCCCCUCAGCAGCCGAGGUCUCACCUAAACAAACAAUUGGAAUUCACCACCUCGAGGUCAAAUCGAAGGCUGCUCUACACAUACAUACAAUGCAGCAGUAAACGUACCAUUCGAAUCUCAUCAAUAAUCUCUAUAUUUCCAAUCGAACCACCCCACCUUGCACAAACCUCGACCGGGACAGAACUUCAAAAAAUGGAGGAACAACCAGAAGCUCGUCUCGCAGCCUCAUUCCCAGCACCCCCUCCAUUCUGGCAAUCCUUCACCGAAGAAAACACCACCCUCAUAUCCUCCCUCCGCGCCUCCCAAUCAGUCGAACCAUCAAAAGAAUUCGAUCCCUCAACCACCCUACCCCCGCGAAUUCUCGACCUGCCUGCCGAGUUGCGAUACUUGCAACCACCAGAACCGCCUGCGGAGGGGGUAUACAGAUGUUUUGGCGAUGCAUAUGAUGUAAGAAGCCUAGUACAGAGGGUAGAGGAGAUGCUAAUAUGAGGGUGAUAGUUGAAUAAUCCCCUCCCCUCACUAGAGGAACAAGAUAUCCAACAACUCUACAUCCCACCCUCCUCCCCCAACGCAGGGAAACACUCCGAUCGCGCCCUAAUCCUCAAGCGCAUCGCAAAGUCCCUGCUACUGAAUUUCAUCGAGCUGGUGGGAAUCAUGAGCAUCAAUCCUGAACACGUUCGUCUCCACCAUACAAUUCACAUCCCCCUCCAUCCCUAUCCCAACUAAUGUUUUGAUACAGUACGCCGAGAAAAUCCAAGAUCUCCGCACCCUAUUCAUCAACUUCCACCACCUCCUCAAUGAAUACCGUCCCCAUCAGGCGCGCGAAAGUCUGAUAUUGAUGAUGCAGGAUCAACUUGAGAAGAGCCGCGCGGAAACGAAGGGGAUUAUGGAGAUGAAGGAGAAGGUUGAGGGGAUUUUGGAGGGGCUUACGAAGACGGGGUUGGGAGAUGAGGGAAAGGGGAUGGGUGGUGGGAUGGUGGAGGGGGGGGUGGAUGUUUGGGAGGAGUUGGAGAGGGAGUUUUGUUAG